AUGGUGCUAAGGAAACAGAAUGACGACGGUGAGACCAAGGCUAUCGAGACCAUAUACGGAAGCAUAUCAACUCAAGGCAUACCUGCUGAGGGCCUUCGGCAUACCUCUCUUCCUGGGAAAAUUGAUUUCCACUCCUCCUUAGCUGAUUGUGGCGCGAAGGGAUGGGAAUUGGACGUUGGGAAGUUGCUUGGCCUUCUCGAAAAGGCAACCCCUGCUAUUGCCCUAAGAAAAGCCAACGAUGACGAGAUCAGCCAAAGUGGCAUCGAUGAGCUUUUGGACGACGACGAGGAGAUUUGGGAGGAUUUCUCAGACGAUGAAUCAGCGGGGGAUCUCUUCAUGAGAUUUGAGGAGAAGCAUACAUUGGAUAACUCCGUGGACGGUUCGAAUUAA